CCCGACAACACCACACCUCGCCCCGACCGCCGCCAGAGACACCCCACGCGCGCGCUCAUGACGCCCGUCUGAUCUGCUAUGGGACCCCUCGCCGCCCGCACGCCUGCUGCUGGACCAGUAUAGUCGCGAGGAUGCCCGACCCCGGGGCGUGGUGGAAGAGGGCGCAGCCGACCAACAACGAAGCCUUUCGCCACUGCGCGCCCUUCAAGCUGCCCUCGCUGGGCACCAUCCAGCUCUCGCCCGACCACACCAUCACCCUCGAGGCCGACGCCGUCUUCACGCCCCAGUGCCCCCCGACCGAGCAGUCCCAGGUCAACGCCGGCAGCGCCACCGGCAACGACAGCGACGUGACGAGCGUCGCUGACCUGCGCGACCCCUUCCAUGCCUCCAUCACCCCCCAGGCCUACGCGACCGGCGCCGCGACCGUGCUGGCCUGGAUGCUCGUCAUCAUGCUCAUCAUCACGCCGCGCACCUUUUUCGUCGGCGGCGCGUCCGGACGCUCAGGCCUCAUGGGACGACGCGGCAUGAUCAGCGGAGCCACGGGAGGAGGAUCCGUCAUCGGCGUGGGAACCCGUCCCUGGCUGCAGAAGGUCGCCGCGCUGACCGUGGCCGUCUCCCUGACCCUCGCCACGGCCGACACGUUCGAGAUCGCCGAGCGCCAGUACAACGAGGGCUUCAUGGACGCCAUGAAGCUGCGGAAUGAGGUCGUGGCUGGCACCGAGAUCAAGGUGUCGCGCAUCAUCUCCGACAUCUUCCUCUGGCUCGCCCAGGUCCAGACCCUCAUUCGCCUGUUCCCGCGCCACAAAGAAAAGGUCAUGAUCAAGUGGAUUGGCUUUGCCUUGAUUCUGCUCGACAUUGUCUUCAACUCCAUCAACAACUUCGGCCCGUACAACAAGGGCCACAGCCCCCGGCACUUUGAAACCGCCAUCCCUGCAUUGAGCUACCUAUUCCAGCUCUCCCUCAGCAUGCUCUACGCUGCGUGGGUCAUAUACUACGCCAUUACCAAGAGAAGAUAUGCCUUCUACCAUCCGAUGAUGUGGAACAUGUCGCUUGUCGCCCUGCUCUCCAUUGUCGCCGUUCUUACCCCGGUUGUCUUUUUCAUCACCGACAUUUCCAACUACACCAUCGCCGGAUGGGGAGACUAUUUUAGGUGGGUGGGGGCUGCUGCUGCCAGCGUUAUUGUCUGGGAGUGGGUGGAACGCAUCGAGGCAUUAGAAAGAGAAGAGAGAAAAGACGGGAUCCUAGGAAGAGAGAUAUACGAUGGAGACGAAAUGCUCAAUACCACCCCGUCUCAGGAAUUGAACUGGCACGGAUCGAAACGUCAAAGCUCCAGAUCCGACGAUGUCAAGAAGUCAGGUGACGGCGGCAACGGCGGUGCUUUCACGUCUGGCCGUCUCACCAACCUUGCCCACCGGCUGAACCGUGUCAAGAAGCCAUCGCCAGGUCCAGAACAUAACAAGAAGCGGACCAUCCACAUACCUGCUCCGCCACCGGCUGCUAGGCGAUCUGGCGGAGCCCAACGGAACAACAGAAACAGUUACGUGCCGCUACAAAGCCCAACAGCUCCCCCGCCAAACGUCGCAUCUCCCGUAAGCAGGACCGAUACUGCAAGUGCAGAUAGCACUGUGUACACUGUACGGUAUCAUCCCAUCAGUGACACCCCACCUGCAGCACGCCUUGAAACUGCAAUCGAGGAAGGUGGUGACGCGCAACGACCGCCGCGCCAACGCUCUCAAAGCCCCGUCGAAGAUGUUGAAAAAGGUGCCGUACUGACUGAAGACGCUGGCGAUGGUCGAGGUCGGGGACAAUGGAGUUGGCAGACGAUUGCCAGCAUGAACCCCUUUCGAAGAAGGGGCCGAUCCCCCCCGCCAGAGCUACAACGGGGUCGUGUCAUAGAACCCCUAGUCGUCGAAGACGUGCCUCUCAACAUUCCUCAGAGGAACUACACCGGACUGGCAUUAAAAGAUCGAUUGGGUACUUUCGCCGCCCAGCAAGGCGAACGAUUCCGUAGCAGAAAGGGGCCUGCUCAGCAGGACAACGCAAGCCUGCCGGUUACCAUUAUCCCUGCGCAACCGCGUGGGCGAACUUGGUCGCCAGAAAUAUUGCAACAGCAGUCACAACCUUCAGAAGGGAGCGGCGGUCAGAAUCCGACUGAAUCACCACCAGCAACCACGCAAAGCACGAACACACCGUCACCCCUUCCAAAUGGGGCCGACGAUCCUGGCAGCCCAGGACGUUCAUCAACCAUACGUUUCACACCAGAAACAUUCUUGCCACCAAACGCCAGGCCACAGGCGCAUAAGGAACGCCCUCAGUCAUCGUCAUCUUCUGUCGCUCUAGGUAACGAAGUCUCGGAGAACAGCAUGGAGAUGUCUUCAUCGCAAGAACAAGAGCAACAUCGAGGACGCAAUCACACAACCACACCUUCACAUCCGACGAACCACGACAGAUGAUGUCGAUUUCUUACAUUAGCAUCUCUUCUACUUUGGUACAUAUUCGGCGGGCUCGAAACGGUGCAUUGGAGUAGCAGCGGGUUUUUGAAGCACUGUUUAUCUGCAUGGACAUGGCGAACGAAGGAAGCAUUGGGAAGGACUCUGUUUUGAUAGAGCUGCGCUGCAGUCGAUGGAUACCCGCUGAUUUACGAGGCUCAGCUACAUUUGGGAUGAUUUGAUUUGGGGAUGCCCAGGACGGGACAAAAGGGCGCAUUGCUGGACUUUGUAUAUAGUACGAGCAAGGUGUGCUCUGGUGAUGUGUAGAGUGUCGAAUGAGCAAUCCAUCUCGCCUGGUGGCC